UUCCGUGCUUGCGGUCGUGCGUGCGCCACAAACUCCCCAAGCACUGCUUCUGAGUCAAAGCUGUAUCCAACCAAAUCCAUCUCAAUCCAGAUCCCACCGGCGGUGCCUCCGCCGGCCAGAUAAUGGGCACGCCGCUGACAGCGAUCCCGGACCACAUCCAGGAGGAGAUCUUCCUCCGCUUGCCUACCGCGGCCGACCUCGCCCGUGCCUCCGCCGCCUGCAUCUCCUUCCGCCGGCUCGCCACCGGCCGGUCCUUCCUCCGCCGCUUCCGCCGCCUCCACGCCCCGCUGCUCCUCGGCUUCCUCCAGCGCGACCACUUCGUCCCAGCCCUACCACCUCACCCCUCCGCGCCCGCCGCCCGCGCCCUCGCUCUCGCCGCCGACUUCUCCUUCUCCUUCCUCCCAUCCCACUGCCGCUGGAUCGUGCAGGACGUCCGCGACGGCCGCGUCCUCCUCGGCCGCAGGUUUGGAAAGGACGACCCGUCUCCGGUCUUCCGGGAGCUUGUGGUGUGCGACCCCUUGCACCGGCGGUACGUCCUGCUUCCACCAUUUCCGGACGACCUGGCCCAUUGGGUGGAGCACCAGGUCUACAACCCUUUCAAACCUUUCCUCCUCCCCGUCGCCGAGGAGGAGACGGAAGAGACAGCAUUCAGAAUCAUCUGGAUGGCGCAUUGCAGAACUAAGCUGGCCGCGUUUGUCUUCUCUUCCAGCACCGGAAAAUGGCAAGAAGCCACCAAGAGCGGGCCGACUGGUUUGGUCCUUGACAGGGGCGACUCGGCCAUACUGUCACGGAUCCACCCUCAUUUUCUCAUGCGCCAUUAUGCCUAUGGCUGCUUCUACUGGGACUGGCUUGUGACCGGGAGCAGAAAGUUGCUCAUGCUUGACACCAGGAGGAUGGAGUUCUCCUUUGCCGACCUCCCACCCGGAGAGUGGAGUAAACGUGUAGCCAUUGUGGAGGCAGGGGAAGGCAGGCCUGGGAUUUUUGGGUUCCAUGGUGAAAUUGCAUCUGAUCUCAGCUAUGCCAUUGCGCAAAAUACAGGCGAGAGUCCGAACCAGUGGCAAAUGUUGAAGACAAUAUCACUAGACCCUGGAUACAUAUAUUCUAUCGAUGCUGCAACCACACAUAUAUGCCGACUUUCCACCAUCGCUGUUGUCUUCACGGGCAAUAUAAGUGAUUCAGUGAAGAUGUUAUCAGAUCAGCUUUCUGAGUUCAAAGCAACUGAGGUACCGAUAGCGUAGAGUUCUCGCUCUUGUGGUCAUAUUUCUGACAAGAUGGAACCUGGCAAUCUACAUGAUUUCACUUGGCUAUGGUCAUGUAUAUUUUGUCCUUGUUUUCAUGCCACUUCUAGCUUCGGUUACUGUAACAUCAAUGUGGCUGCUCUGUGCCUAAGAAUGUGACAGUGAAAUUAAUUUUUCAGUCAAUCAACAACUGUGGUAGAGGUAGCUGAUGUGCACCUGCAAGUCGGGUGUUUUCCACAACUAUGAGAGACUCUGAAAGCGUUCCUGUCCAGCGGUGGUUUCAGGUGAUUGUGCAUUAAUGCAUUAGCAAUUCUGUAAGAUGAAUUUUGUGGAGUACAACAGGAUAAGGAAUUUGAUGUGGGCUAGCUAGUAUAUGAACACCUGCAACAUAAACGUACCAAUUCUGUGCGAUUAAGUGACUCAUUUAUUUAUGUUGAUGUGCGGGAUAUAUAUCCCAACACGUGUUUCAA